GAAUCUAGAUAUCUUUUUUGUUGUUGAAAUUUUAGAUGACAUUCAUGCAUAAGUUAUGGAAUCAAAAGUUCAGCAACGUUCAAAGGAAUGGUUUCAAAUUCGUAAAUCUGUGUUCCUAACAUCAUCAAAGUUUGGAGAUGCUCUUGGUGUUGGGAUGGGAAAGCCGUAUGAUUUCUUUCUCUCUCUAAUUUCUGAAGAUACUGACGAAGAGGAGGAGGAAGAGGAAGAAGUUGAGUCCUCCAAUACAAAGCAUGGACUUACUAUGGAGGAGAUCAUCCUGGAAUGCUAUCAAUUGCUGACAGGACACAAAACCCGCGAUUCUGGGUUUUGGAUGUCUAAAGAUAGGAUUCUUCAAGAUUUGAUUGGAAGUUCUCCCGAUGCCGUUGUUGUUGAUGACGAAAAUAAAGACAUUGGACUUUGUGAAUUCAAGGCGCCCAUUUUUAGAAUGUACAAGAAAGAAAAUUCAGUACAUGGUAUUCCAAGGCACUACAUGGCCCAAAUUCAAGGACAGCUUGCCAUAACUGGAUUACCGUGGUGCAAUUUUUUAGCUGUGUGUAAAAAUACUAAAGAAAUAAUGCUUAAGAAAGUGUAUUUUCAUUCAGAGUACUGGGACAAUGUAGUGAAAAUUCUCAAGCAGUUUUGUUAUGCUCUUCAGGAUGCAAAAUUAAGAAAAGAAUUGGGAUAUGAGCCGUUGGAUUUUGAAGGAGCAAGAAAACUACAAACUUGGCCGGUACAGAUUGAUUACCUGCCAGGGGAGCUGUCAAUUCAAGUUGAAGAUAUUCUCCAAAUAGAUAAACGUGGCCGAUUUAGUGGACCAUCCAAAGUUUGGUUGUCGUUUGACUUCCUUGUUGGACAGUCAUAUUCUUUACCCCAAAGGUUAAAAGGAUAUGCAGACAAGAUGAUUCUGGAUGUGGAUGAACAAAUUAGUUGUAAAAAAAGGAAGACCGAAGAAGGAGAAGGAAACAGUCAAAAGACAUUUACAUCCAAUGGACAUUCAUGAGAGUUCUUCAAAAUAAUUUUUGAUAGGAAAUGUGACAAAUUUUCAUUUUACUCAACUACUUGCUUAGGAUUCAUGCGCUACUGUAUUACUUUCACAUUGUUUAUUGAUGUUCAAGUUAAAA